AUGCCUCCUGUUACAUUAAAAAAAAUAGAAAACACUGAGACGGUCCAUUUUACUAUUGUCCCUAUUUCAGGUUUUAUUUUUCUCAAGUCUAAAUGGGGCAAUGAGGUAGUACAAAUUGGUGCCUAUAAGUACUAUAGAGCGGGUGGUAACGCAGAAAAACAUAGAGCUAAGAAACGAUGGGUUUGCAGUGGACGGAAGAAAGUGGCUGCAUUUACUGUUUCGCGAUUUGGGAAGCCGGUGAUUGAGUUCAGAGGAGAGCGCUUUUACAAGAAUUCCGGCAGUCGAGGCACGAAGCUACUGUGGCGAUGCGUAAAAGCUCGGAGUAGAGCUUGCCGAGCGACACUACAUACGAUUUUCGACAAAAUUUACAGUGUCAAUAAUAAUCACUCCCACUGA